GUUUAUUUUUGAUUUUAUGCUUAUGAAAAAUCUAAAAUAUUUGUACAAAGCUCCCCAUUUUCGCGCAAUAAAUUUACCGCGAAAUUUUCCUGGCACCAAGUUUACUAAAUACUUUCACGUUUCCUCCAUUUAUUGAACAACGUAGGCGAACUUUUGCAGAAUCAAUAUGGGGCGAAAAUCAGCAAAAGGUAAAGAAAAGGCAAAAGCAAGAAAAGAGGAAAAUAAACAGCUGAAGAUCUCUAUGGCAGAAGUUGAUGAAGUUAAUAAGAUAGAGGAUCCAAUGGCACCACUUGCAGCCUUCAAAAAGUUUGAAAGAAAUGGUUUGUCCAUAACGCUAGAAUGUAAGAAGAGACCCACUUGUAAAGAUGAAGAUGUUGAAUGGGCGUUCCAGUUGACAAAACAAAACAUGAAGACAUUAUAUGAAAAGAGUGAAUGGGGCUGGAAGGACACUGAGAAACGGGAAGAGAUGUUUGAAGACGCAGCGUGGUACCUAUUUGCCAGGGCCCAAGAUGGCCACCUUGUAGGCUUCGUCCACUUCAGAUUUGAUAUGGACUUUGAUGACAAAGUCGUAUAUUGUUAUGAGAUCCAGUUGGCAAAAGAAGUGAGAAGGAAAGGACUGGGAAAGUUCAUGAUGCAGAUUUUAGAGCUAUUGGCACACAAAACUGGCAUGGGUAAAGUAAUGAGCACAGUCUUCACACACAAUGACGAUGCUCAAGGCUUCUUUAUUAAAACAUUAAGGUAUGGGAUAGACGAGACGUCACCAGAAGACAAUAUUUAUGAAGAUCAGGAACACACAUAUCAGAUACUCAGUAAAAUAAUAGUUCAAAGGCAGCCCCUUGGGAAAGCGCAGGACACUCAGAACACUGGAGCACAAGCAGCCACUGUGAAAACUUAAGAUCUCAUAUAUAAUGUAUUUAGAUUAUUAUGUGUUAAAUGUCUGUUAGUAAUAUCUUGUGUUUUGUAUACAUUCAUCCUUGGUGAAAACUUCAAAGACCUUGAUAUGUAUCCUUUAUACAUAUGGGAUAUUAGAAACAUUAAAGAGAGAAUCUGAUCUAUAGCGGGUGACAAAAUUACAAACAACAUGUAUAAUUGACCUACCAAUCUAUUCCUAAUUACAAUCUCAAAUACAAUAUCUCCCAAAAGAUUCACAAUAUGUUAUAAAUCGAUGAAGUUAUAAUGGGCUCAAAGUGCAAAUAUAGGUGAAAAUGUUUAAAUUCUCCCAAAUAAUAAGAAUGGUAACCAUCCUUAUAGA